AUGACUUCUAAUCCUUGGUGGCCCUCGUCUUCGGAUGACGAAGAGGAGAUGUUUUUCGCAAACGCUGUACUACGGGCGGGACAUAUUUUAAUCGAAGAGGAAGACAAAAAAUAUUUGCGGAAACCAAACGCGUAUGAUGUUCAACAGUUGUACCAAGCUCAUGAAGCAAGGCACGGGUUUCCGGGAAUGCUUGGUAGCAUUGAUUGUAUGCAUUGGGGGUGGCAUAAUUGCCCGACUGCGUGGCGCGGCCAAUAUACGCGAGGUGAUCACGGAUAUCCAACCGUGAUACUUGAAGUUGUGGCAUCACAAGAUUUGUGGAUAUGGCAUUCUUUCUUUGGUCUCCCUGGUUCACUCAACGACCUCAACGUGUUAUACCAAUCGGCCAUCUUUACCGAUGUCGUUAAUGGAACGGGACCGGACACACGUUUUACAGUUUCUGGGGUAGAGUAUAGACGUGGGUAUUAUCUUGCUGACGGGAUAUAUCCGUCUUGGUCUACAAUUGUGAAGACUAUUCCAUAUCCCGAGGACGAAAAACGGAAAAAAUUUGCCAAGCGUCAAGAAGCUGCAAGAAAAGACAUCGAACGUGCUUUUGGUGUCUUACAAAAAAAAAUGGGCCAUCGUUGCACAACCGGCACGUGCGUUCACCCCAAAAAGGCUGCGUCUUUGUAUGUACGCUUGCAUUUUGCUCCAUAA